AUGAAGGCGGACCUCGCCGCUAACCCGGCGUGGAGCGGGGCUCCCUCCCAGACGGACGAAUUUCUGCUCAUGUUCCUGCGGGCCGAGGUGUUCUCCCCAUCGGCGGCUGCGAACCGUUAUCGCAAGUUCUGGAAGGCAAAAAUUACGCUGUGCGGCGAAGAAAAAGCGGCUCUUCCCAUCAAGUUUGAGGACGCCCGGGCGGCACUGGAGUCGGAGUUCGUCCAGCUGGUUCCAGGGACCAGGGACAUCGAAGGGAGACAGGUGGUGAUGAUUGUUUCCAGCAACAUGGACAAGACGUUGGAGAGAAGGCUAAGGCUCCUGUCGGUGUGGUACGUGCUGCUGGCGGCGCUGGAGGACGUGGAAACCCAGAGACGAGGAUUCUGCUUCGUGGGUUACCAGAAGGCGGUCAAACGUAGCCAGGCGGACCCGACGUUCGUCAAGAUGGUCAUGCAGAGCCUGCAGGGGGCUCUUCCCGUUCGAAUCGGCAGCAUUAACAUCUGCUACCCGCCGACGUUCUUCCGUGUGGUAUGGGGCAUCAUUAACCCGUUCCUGCAUGAGAGAGUGAAGCGGAGGGUUCGAGUCAUCCCCGGAACAGACGCUGAGGUGCUAGGCGUCCUCGGCGCUAUCGUCCCGCCUGACGGCUUGCCACCGCCCAUGGGCCCAAAACCCAAGGAGUUUUCGGCUUGGUUGGCGGAACAAGCUCAGAAGGAUGCUUGAUGUUGACGCCGGCAACUGCUGGCACUUUUCCUAGUGGCCGAGUGUCUGUACAAACGUUUCCCCCCGGCAGGCAUUAGAACAGCAGCAGUUGGUAUGACGAUUUAUUCAGUUUUUCAUUAGGUCGGUUUCUUUUCGCCGAUUGGUAGGUUUCUCUGUUUAUUUGCAGUAUGUUGUGUUGGGCUUUUGAAAGCCGACCGUAGCCCCUCUCGCC